AUGUUCUGGGCAUGGCUGAUGGCCCUGCCGCUGCUGUCUGACUCCAUGCUCACGCUGGACAGCGACGGGGGCGAUGCGUCAGCGCGGCUGCAGCUGAAAAUGGUCCAUGCCGGCAUGCAGAGGGACACCCUGCAGCUGAAGGAGGCGCAGCAGCGCGUUUUGUUGCGGGAGCUGAGCCGUGAGCGCCGGCGCGUUGAUCUCGCGCAGAGGCAGCUGAAAGCGAAGAACGCGUCAGUGGCGGACAUUGUGAAGGAGGCCGCCCGGGGCAACCUCAAGGAGCUCCAAUCCCAGCUGAAAGAUUUGAAAAAGGGCCUGCACUACGCGAAGGCCUACCUCAACGACUCCAAGCAGGAGCUCACCAACCUCACCGCAGAAGCGGCGGAGUCGUCACUGCCGGAGGAGCUGCGGGAGGCGAAGGAGGAGCGCCGGGCUUUGCAGAAGGCCGCCGCCAAGGCCACGGCUAAGGAGAACCGCAUGUGGAAGAAGACCCUGCAGCAUGAGGUGGAGCUCAGUGACGCGCGCCAGAAGUACCGGGAGAGCCUGGAGCAGCUCGAGGAGCAGGAGGCGGCGCGUCCGAAGCAGUCCCGGCGCCUGCGCAAGGGCAACGAGUCUGCCGCCGAGGCGGAGCAGGUGGCUCACAGCGGCCUGAGGCGUUCGCGUUUGACGGUGAGCGGUGACGACGACCGGAGACGUGCUAAAAAAAGAAUUGACUCCUUGGGUUGCUAG